AUGGCUCAGGUGGGCAAUGAUGGCGACUCUGGAGUCAUUGACAUUAGCGAAAUGCUGUUCACCGUCCAGGGCUCCACGGCGGGAGCGAUCUUGAUGGAAUGGAACGUGCAUGAAAGCUCUCAAGGAAGCGCUGCCAUGUGGGAUAGUCAUUUCCGAGUUGGCGGUGCUGAAGGGACUAAUCUUCAGCCGGCGGACUGCCCAACAGGUCAAAUCGUCGUCAACUCGAAAUGCAUGGCGGCUUCACUACUGUUGCAUAUAACAAAGGACUCUUCGGGCUACUUUAAAAACGUCUGGGCCUGGGUGGCUGAUCAUGGCCUCGAUAACCCUUUCAAUGCCGACCCCUAUGAGACCACCGAUGGGAUCCCGCUGGACGGGUUCGGGGUUCUGAUAGAAUCUCAGGGUCCGACAUGGCUGUAUGGCACCGCCAGCGAGCACUCGCAGACGUAUCAAUACCAGCUUCUGAACGCAUCCAACACCUACCUCGGUCAUAUGCAGACCGAGACUCCGUACUGGCAGCCAAAUCCCGAUGCUCUCAAGCCAUACCAAGCUGGGGAAUUCCCCUCCGAUCUAGUGUAUGACAAUUGUGCAGACGACCUUUGCAAGGGGGCAUGGGCACUGGGAGUGCUUGGUUCCAUAGACGUUUUCAUCUAUAGUGCGGGAUUCUACUCCCUCUUCCAGAACAACCAACUGGGUUGCACUGACGAGGCUCACAUUGAGACCAACUUUGCUUCAAGCCUGUGGGUAUACAUAUCUUCACCAAGGGCAACGUCCAAAUCAUCACGCCACGCGGGGGACUUCCACCCCUGGUCUUCAACUCCACCACGCGCAACAGAUACACCAGCGGCAUUGCGGCAUGGCUCGCCCUUUCUACACAAGGAGAGGAUAUCGGAUCCUCUCUUAGCGAUGGAUCGGGCAGCGUGA